AUGUGGUUGCCAAAGAAUCAAUCAGAUAAGAAGGAUGGUGUAAAUGGAUUAAUCGCAGUGGCAAUAGACAAAGAAAAAGGGAGCCAAAAUGCACUCAAAUGGGCUAUCGACAAUCUCCUCACAAGAAACGCAACCGUAAUUCUCAUCCAUGUCAAGGUUGUGGCGUCUUCUAUCUCUUCAUCGCCUUCGAUUUUCACCACAAGCAAAUCUACAAGGGCCGCGAUAAAUGCUAAUGGUAACGACAGUUUAACAAGCAAAGAACCAGAAGCUCAAAAAAAUAUUUUCCUACCGUAUCGCGUAUUCUGUACGCGCAAAGAUAUACAAUGCAGAGAUGUUCUACUACAAGAUUCAGAUGUAGCAAAAGCAUUGAUUGAUUAUGCUUCUCAGGCAGGAAUUGAGCAUCUGGUUCUUGGAUCUUCGACAAAAACCGGUUUGCUCAAAAGAUUCAAGGUAUCAGAUGUUUCGGGAACGGUGGCAAAAGGUGCGCCAGAUUUCUGUACAGUCUAUGUCAUUGGGAAAGGAAAGAUUCAAUCGAUGCGAUCUGCUUCUCGUCCUGCUCCAAGCAUUUCCCCUAUACAUGUUAAUGAAACUACUAUCACACAAGACCAACCAGACACAAAUGAUCAACAAGAAAGGAAUUCUUUUGAUGCUACACAUUCGCAGGAUGGAAUCGAUUCCUUCAGGUCACCGUUCACCAGGAAAGGUUACAAUACCAAACAAUAUAUGGAAAAUUCGAAGGCGGAUGGUGAUAUAUCUUUUCUGAGUUCUGGAAGGUCGAGUACCGAGCGCAUGUUGCCUCCAUUGUAUAACAGCUCGGAGACGGGCACUAGGAUGUCAUUUAGCUCGGACCAAGAUUUAAACUACAGCUUUGAGUCUAUGUUUCAAGGAAGGAAGUCUAUAGAUUCCACCAUUCCUGCUGAAUUUACAUCAUUAAUGUUCGAAAACGAAAGUCUUUCAUCUUCUUCAUCGCAAGCCGUGGAUGAUAUGGAGGCUGAAAUGAGGAGAUUAAAGUUGGAGCUCAAGCAAACAAUGGAAAUGUACAAUACAGCUUGUAAAGAAGCACUCACAGCACAACAGAAGGCAAUAGAACUUCAGAAAUGGAAGUUAGAAGAAGAAAGGAGAUUGGAAGAGGCGAGGCUAGCCGAGGAAGCUGCGUUGGCAAUCGCAAAACAGGAGAAAGAAAAAUCUAGAGCAGCCAUUGAAGCUGCUGAAGCGCAGAAGAGGAUAGCAGAACUCGAAGCGCAGAAGAGACUUCAAGCAGAAAUGAAAGCACUUAGAGAAGCAGAAGAGAAAAGAAAAGUAAUGGAUGCUUUGGUAAAUGUAGAUGUUAGAUAUAGAAAGUAUACGAUAGAGGAUAUUGAAGCCGCAACAAAUUUUUUCUCGCAGUCCCUCAAGAUUGGAGAAGGAGGAUAUGGUCCGGUUUUUAAGUGUCUUCUGGACCAUACACCUGUUGCGGUCAAGGUUCUUCGUCCUGAUGCUGCACAAGGAAGGUCGCAGUUUCAACGAGAGGUUGAGGUAUUGAGCUGCAUACGGCAUCCAAACAUGGUUCUCCUCUUAGGAGCCUGUCCGGAAUAUGGCUGCCUAGUGUAUGAGUACAUGUCAAAUGGAAGUUUGGACGAUUGCCUGUUUCGUCGAGGAAACACUCCUCCGCUUUCUUGGAGGCUAAGGUUCAAGAUUGCAGCCGAAAUAGGCACGGGCUUGUUGUUCCUUCACCAGACAAAACCAGAACCUAUAGUCCACAGGGACUUAAAACCAGGAAACAUCUUACUAGACAGAAACUUCGUAUCCAAAAUCAGCGACGUAGGUUUGGCAAGACUAGUUCCACCGUCGGUCGCUGACACCGUAACGCAAUAUCGGUUGACAGCAACAGCUGGAACAUUCUGUUAUAUCGACCCGGAGUAUCAACAGACAGGAAUGUUGGGUGUGAAAUCAGAUAUAUACUCACUAGGGAUCAUUUUCCUUCAAAUUUUGACAGCAAAAUCACCAAUGGGAUUAGCACAUAAUGCUCAAAAAGCCAUUGAAAAUGGAACUUUUACCGAAAUGUUGGAUCCUGCGAUAACCGAUUGGCCAAUGGAGGCUGUUAUGAGUUUAGCAAAUAUAGCAGUCAAGUGUGCGGAGUUAAGGCGAAAAGAUAGACCUGAUCUCGGUAAAGUUGUGCUUCCAGAACUUGACAAAUUGAGAGAACUUGCUGAUAAUAGUAACCAAAAUUCAACACCAGAUAGUCCUAGCUCGAUGAAUGCUUCGCAUGAGAGACAAAUUUCAGUGCAGCUGGAUGAAAGCUGUCCUUAG